AUGAGUUUAUUAGUUUUAGGUGGUACAGGUACUUUAGGACGUCAAAUUGUUCGCAAAGCUUUAGAUGAAGGAUUUCAAGUAAAAUGUUUUGUAAGAAGCUUUAGAAAAGCAGCUUUCUUAAAAGAAUGGGGUGCUGAAUUAGUCUAUGGAGACUUACGUAUAGCAGAAACUAUACCUUUAACAUUAUUUGGUGUUACAGCAAUUAUAGACGCAUCUACAGCAAGACCAACAGAUUUAUAUAACACUAGUCAGAUAGACUUAUAUAGUAAAUAUAUUUUAAUAGAAUCAGCUAAAAAAGCAAAUAUUGAAAGAUAUAUAUUUUUUUCUAUACUCAAUGCUCGAAAAUAUGCCAACAUACCGUUAAUGAAUCUUAAAGUAAAAAUAGAAAAUAAGUUACAAGAUUCUAGUCUAAAUUAUACAAUUUUUACUUUAGGUGGUUUUUUUCAAGGUUUGAUUCGCCAGUAUGCACUACCUAUAUUAGAGAACCAAACCAUUUGGCUGACAGGAGAUACAACGUCUAUAGCAUAUAUGGAUACACAAGAUAUUGCAAAAUUCACUAUUAGAAGUUUAUCUUUAUCUCAAGCAAAUAAGAAAAUUUUGCCUUUAGUAGGAAAUAGUUCUUGGACUUCUUUACAAGUAAUUGAAUUAUGUGAAAAAUUAUCGGGGCAAAGAUCAAAAAUUUCUCAAGUUCCUAUUUAUCUACUAAAAUUAGCUCGUGAAUUUACUAAUUUUUUUCAAUGGAGCUGGAAUAUUUCUGAAAGAUUAGCUUUUCUAGAAGUAAUUAAUCGAGGUGAUAAUUUUAAUACAUCUAUGAAUGAGGUUUAUAGUUUAUUACAAAUACAACAUGAUGAAACCACACAAUUAGAAAAUUAUUUACAAGAGUAUUUUGCAAAAGUUAUGAAAAAAUUAAAAGAACUUAAUUAUAAAAUGGGUGAAGAAUCGAGCAAAAUAGAAUUUUAA